UGUACCCUCUGUGUGCAAGCCUCGAGUUGAACAAAGUGUUGUGUUUGGAAGCUUUACGAGAGACUGCAGACCGAGAACGCCCAGCUCAGCAAGAAGGUGGGGCUUUGCAAGGACGACAACGCACAGGCGAUGGAGGUGGAUUCUGGUCCCCCUGCUGCUGCUUCUGGCGCUGGCGUCUCUACUGAGGACAAGCAGGCCCAGCGGCCUGCUGAGAUCAAGGAUCUUGAGGCGAACCUCAAGGCCAUCAAGGCGCUCGAGUCUGCCUGGGCUGCUGAGCAUAAGAUUGGGCUCAUGGCCAAGCUGGAGAAGCUACGCCUUGAAGUUCAUGAUGCUAAAGUAUUGCAUGCUCCAGCUCAUGUUUUGGAUAAUCGAGUACGGGCGCAGCAGAUCAAGACGACGUUGCAGGCGAAGCUCGCGGAGGCCGAAGAGAUGGUCGACAAAGCGAAGGUUGCAUAGGAUGAAGCACAACGGGCGUGUGACGAGGCCAACGCACACUGUUGGAUUCGGAGACGCAGUUGAGCAGGCUACAGAAGCAACUUCCGCAGCCAGUUGAAGCAGGUGAUCAACAUGCUGAGGCAUCGGUGCUGGGGAUAUCAAUUGAAAAGCUGGGUGAAUUGGUGUCCAGAGCUGCGGAGGGACAGUAUUGCUCGCAGACGGCCCUGGACAACAUUUCGAGUGGGAUUGGGCCCGCGCUGCGGGAGCUGGUGGCGACGUCGCCAGCAAGGCCCA